AUGACCACAAGUCGCGCCCAGUCUGAAGAGCGCCACCCGAGUGACGAGGUUCCGCCGAACGAUGAGAGGAAAGUGGAUCAGCUACGAAAUCAGCUCGACCGCACCCUCAGCGGUCCGUCUGGAGGAGCUGCAUCGCCGAAGAAUGGCGUCCCUCCGCCGCAACACGAUGGAGCCACAGACUUCAAGGCCAUUCCACGCACAGCACGAGGCGGCUCUCUUGCCGCAGCUGUAAGUGGUCACUUCCGCGAGGUCAACGGCGCCACCAUGGCCAUGAACGACACACCCGCGACGACCGCUCCUAGCAGCCCAAGGCUGAACGGCAAUACAUUUGCGCCGGGCAGCGUGGGCAGCGUUGGCAGCGAUGGACCUCCUCCCAAACUUCCGACGCCUGUUAGACAGAACUCGGGAACGUCGACGCCGCGCGUGCGUCCGACCACCCUCGAUAUCCCAGGAUUGACGAAGAGCAAGGUCUCACCAGAUGGUCGGAUCGCAUCGAGAGAUGUGGGCUCGAAGCUUGUUAUUGUCAUGGUCGGCCUUCCAGCGCGUGGAAAGAGCUACAUUACCAAGAAGCUGGCGCGAUAUCUCAAUUGGUUACAGCAUGACACGAGGAUCUUCAACGUGGGUGAGCGAAGGCGUGUCGCAGCCGGCGGGCCCAACUGUCUGGAGAAGACCAAGAGCCAACAGCUCCGAGACGAACGCCACGACUCGCAGCGUCAGAGUACGGCGCCCAGCGCAACUUCUGCGCCGAAGCAGACGCUCAAUGAGAGCACGAAUCCGACAGACCGUCACGCUUCCGUCGCUCACAUUCUACUGAACGAUGACACCAAGCUCGAACCGCCAGCCACACCCCCGGCGACCGAGGAGGAACCGCAGCUCGGCCAUGGUCAGCCAAAUGGCCAUAGGAAACAGAGCAUGGCGACCAUAGUCUUAGCCAAGGAUGCCCCCGACGGAAAGACCCAGGAGGAGGAAGAGAUGGAGCAAAAUGCUGCGUUCUUCGACCCGCAGAACAAAAAAGCAUCACAGAUUCGUGAGCAGGUUGCUCGGGAGACGUUGGACGAGCUGCUGGACUACAUACUCUAUGAGAAUGGUAGCGUUGGCAUCCUCGAUGCAACGAACAGCACUAUGGAGCGACGCAAGAUGGUUAUGGACCGCAUCCGUGAGAGAGCUGGGCCGCAGCUGAAUGUACUCUUCCUGGAGUCAAGCUGUGUCGAUCAGGAUCUCCUCGAGGCCAAUAUGCGUCUGAAACUGAACGGCCCAGACUAUCGGGAGAUGGAUCCAAUCAUCGCUCUCAAAGACUUCAAGAAGCGUGUGCGCGAGUACGAGAAGGCGUAUGUUCCGCUUGGGGAGUAUGAAGAGAAGAACAAUAUGCCCUACAUCCAGAUGGUCGAUGUUGGCCGGAAGGUGAUCAGCCACCAGAUCAAAGGAUUCCUGAUGGCGCAAGCCAAUUAUUACCUCCUCAACUUCAACUUGGCACCGCGCCAGAUCUGGAUCACUAGGCAUGGCCUCAGCCUGGACAAUCUCUCGGGCAAGAUUGGCGGUGAUAGCGAUCUAUCUCCCGAGGGACAGCGAUAUGCCCGAUCUCUUGCUAACUUUAUGGAUGCUAAGCGCAAAGAAUGGGAUGUCAAGCAGAUCCAGGCAAUGAAGAACACACACUUCCCGCCGCAGCCUGGUGACUCGACACCGCCGAAUCCAUUCUACAAUCCUCAGUCGCCCGGAUCUGAUGCAGAUUCGAUCAUAUCAGAUGCCACAAAUGAGAUGGGGUAUGAACCGAAGGCGUUCUGCGUCUGGACCUCCAUGCUUAAGCGCAGUAUCCAGAGUGCGCAAUACUUCAACGAUGAAGACUACGACACCAAGCAAAUGCGGAUGUUGGAUGAGCUGAACGCCGGUGUGAUGGAAGGCUUGACUUACAAUUGCAUAUCGUCCCAGUAUCCCGAUGAGUACAAGACUCGCAAGGCCGACAAGCUACACUAUCGCUAUCCCGGCCCUGGUGGGGAGGGGUACCUCGAUGUCAUCAACCGGCUUCGACCGGUGAUUGUGGAGCUGGAGCGUAUGACUGAUCACGUCCUACUCAUCGGACAUCGUAGUGUGGCGCGAGUGCUCCUUGCAUACUUCCGGGGUCUGAAGCGCGAAGAAGUCGCGGAUCUUGACGUUCCAAUUGGCCUCCUCUACUGCCUCGAGCCCAAGCCCUACGGUGUCGACUUCAAGGUCUAUAAGUGGGAUAAGGAGACCGAGUGGUUCUACGAGCAGCCUGACUUCCAACUCAAGCGGGCUGAAGAUGACAUGAUUUAA